UUCGCUGAACUGCCAUGAAAUAUUAAUGUCCUAGAGCAUUUGAACCGUCGCUUCUUAGUGAUAAAACGCUAUUUUGGGUAUACAGAUGUUUGUUGGCCUAGCUACAAGCAAUUGCGAAUCGCGUUUUCCUAUCAAUCAUCCUCUGUCACAAGCGAAGGUAUAGAAGAUGAGGAUUUUUGUGCUGUUCGACGGAAUCAGACAUUUACUAGACGUUGAAGUUGGGCAAACGGUGAGCGAGAUAAAAGGCACUCUUCGAAAGAAACUCGAUUUAGAUACGGUGCAAAGCGAAGAUAGCGAGAACGACAUGCUUAUGGCGAUUAAUUACGCGGGAUCCAAUUUAGAAGACGAUUGGGUUUUCACGGAUAUUAGUAUUCCACCGGGUGCAACACUGAGAUGUGAACUGCUAGAAAAUGUCAAAACUUAUCUUAGUGUCACCUGUUCGCAUUUCAACGAAACGCUUAAGUUUACAGAAUGGUUUGACGUUUGGGAGACAAAAGUGGGACAUUUUAAAACAAUGAUUACAGAGAAGACAGGGUUACACGUCAGCGUGUUUCGCCUCGUUUCUUCAGAGGGAAAAGAGAUGUACGAUUGCCAUCCAUUGAAGAAAUAUUCUGUCGAUUACGGUGACACGAUUCGUUUGGAGACAUGGAAUGGCUGGGGUGCGUUCCUAAAAUCUGCUACGUCAGGGCAGUUAACUCCGACCAUAAAACACAUGGUUAGUAUUCAUGAUGAUCCAUUGGUAUUUAAGUACCAGCUUCGGGUAGCGCUGUUCAUCGCGGCUCAUUUCAAUUACACGCAACUCGCCACUCAACUGAUCAAGAGCGGGGCGAGAUGCGAUGAACCUGUCGGAGAGCACCCAGUGCGAGAGUGGUGCAACAAGGAAGUGCAUCCUGAUCAUUUAAAGACUCCAGUUCACGAGGCCGCACAACACGGCAGCCUUAAUUGUCUACAGAAAUUUAUCCAUCACAAUUACGCCUGCAUCCUUGCCAAGGACGCACACGGUCUGACACCGUGUAAUAUGGCACGAAGGUACAAGCAAACUGAGUGUUUUAAGCUGCUUAUUGCCGAGCAGUUCCGCUCUCGAAGUACAUGCGGUUUGACGUUGGGAAUAUACUGGCGCGUGCGAAAAUGGUGUGAACGCGCUCGGGAUAGGGCUAUUGUCUUUCAUAAACAUUCCCCUAAUCCCCUUCUGUUGGCAAUGGAAAAUAGAACGUACCGAAGUGCCGUGGUUGGGCAAAAGGUUCAAGUUGACGGCUUCGGGGAAAAUAUGCAAAGUGGCACCUCAAAGAUACAGCUCUCUUUGGCACUCAAGAGUGUGAAAAAUAAGCCAACGGCAGGUGGACAAAGUAAUACAAGUUUGAGAUCAAUACUCAGUGACAAAAAUGGUAAUUCCUCAGGAAGUAGCGAAAUUUUGAGUCUUCGUGAAAGCGGCGAAAAAGACGACAGAGCCGAUUCAGGAAACUGUUCAAGUGGAUCGAGCGAAGAAUCGAACAGCGACCGAGCGACUUGUGUGGAUUGCUUGCUACCGUCUGUUUCGAAACAGCGUAGCCAUAGCGAUAUUUCGAAACUGGAAACAUCCAUAAAACACAAGUUGCAAAUUAAGAAUGCGAAUCAAGAAAGACGCACAGCGAAUCAACGUAAAGCGUACAGAUGGAAAGAGAGAGAAGACAACGAAAUCUUAUGUUUCUGUCAGUCGUCGAAACAUCACAAGGAUAAACAAACCGGCAGUGAAACAAAAAACGAUCAGCGUGAGAGCAUGCCACUGAUUUCGACAAACACAAGCCUGGUCGGAGUAAACAAAAGUGAUAAAAAUAUUGAUAUUGAAGUUAUCGAUGAAUCGGGAAACCGAAGUGCCCAUGACUUUUUCGUCACGCAAGGGGUUGCGGUGAGCUCGCAAAAACGGCCUAUUGAGGCAGAAAAUACUCUAAAAGAAGAAACAAACAAAUCAGUUGAUCGAAUACCGCCUAUUAAACUGCCUGGUGGUAAUUCAAGUUUAAAUCAUACGAGAAUAGAGGACAUCCCCUCGACAACAAAAUCGGCGAAGAGUUCUAAAAGCGACGGCGUGCUUAUCAAGCAACGCCGUAGAACUCGGUCUCUUAAUUCAACGCCUAAACGCCUUCACAGCGCAAACCAACGUCGUCGAGCAACCUCCAGCGAGGAUUUGAGCCUGCAGUUGACUCGCAUGUACAGCAAGGUCACCGGACAAGAUAUGCACGAAGCGGCGAAGGAAAGCAUGGGUGUUGCAAUGACUUUUAGGAAGAAACGCUGGUUGCAGCAAGUUCACAUGGCAAUCGAGCUUAACAAUAACAAUUUUAACAGACAGCUUCACGGGUACAAAGGAAAGAACGGAGCGGGCCAUGUUUCUUAACAUCAUGGCCGGAAUAAAAAGAAAAGUUUCAUUUCGAACAGAUUAUACUCACAAGAAAAUAUAUAAACAAAAUUUUGUGGGAAACAAACAGAAAUAACUAAAAAAAAUUUUAGCAUAGUUAGCGGAUUUGAGAAUUACGUUUAAUGAAAACGCUGAAGGGAAGAUUUGAAAUGCCCGACUUAUUGUGUAUUGACAACACAAAAAAUAUUAAUGAUUGCAUUCAUUGCUAAAAGACAGGCAGCAAACUUAAAUUUUUGCCAUAUGCUAGUUGAGUGUACGUGUUUUAAAAUCAUUCUGUUCUUAUACAAAAAUACUUACUUUAGCCAUUUGACAAAUUUUCGACAAAUACAAGGAAAGAAGGUUCCAGGAAUAUGUAUCUGAGAAAAGUAAAUGAAUGUUAUUACCAAACAAUCUCUCGCCAAAACAUUCACCAUAAAUGAAAAACAAUUUGUCUGAUAUUUACAUGAAUUUGAAUUGCUAUCAGACAGUAUUUACCUUUCAAGCGGGCAGUGAGCUAAAAGCUACUUUGUUUUUUUCAUACAUCUCUAAAACUUACUCCUAAAAGGUUUCGAAAGGUUUUUAAUACAACUUGGCGAGUGUUGGCGCGCUACGAAGCCUUUCUAUCUAUAAACGAGUUAAUUAGUAACGGCCUACCAAGGAGCAAAUAAUGUCUCCAAAUGAGUGACUGUUGCAGAUAAAUGGGUGAUUGCUUUGUGUAGCUCUCAAGAAUAGCGGUCUCACAGAGUAAAUGACGAUUCUUUUAUCGUCUCCUUUGAGUGCUUAAAAAUAGCCUCAUUUUCUUAAAACGCCGCAAGGAAGGCUUAAAUAUAGUGCAUUUACAAAAUGCCUCCAGCCAUUGUUCGACUCAACACAUACUCGUUUUAAUAAGGGUCUUUUGCCCUCAGAAUUUGAACAAAACUAUUUUUAUCUUACAUAAUAGUGUCAUAUGCAGAUAAAGGACAAUAAAUUACUACUUUACC